CGUGAAGCUAUCCAGUUCUCACUUUUGAUAAAUCCAAUUUAAUUUAUUUUUUUGUUGAAGGUCGUAGGGCCAGUAUAGCGGUUUCUCCAAUAGAUGGAAAUAGGACAAAUGGGUUAGGACUUCCUGAAAUAAACCGUAGCCCAAGGCACAGUAUUAUUCCGGACAUUUCUCUGAUGGAAACCAGAGAUGAAAGGAAUAUUGACGAUGAAGAUAUACCAGCCAGCAGAUCUCCACGUCAUUCAUUGAUUCCUGACAGUGCUUUGAGUCCGCGCAAUAGCCUAGUUCCUGAUUCUACUAGAUCACCAAGGCACAGCCUGGUACCAGGUGAUCUAAGAAGUCCACGAAAUAGUUUGGUUCCCGAUUCGGCACUGUCGCCCAGAAAUAGUUUGACUCCAGAACAGUACGGCAGAAGCCCAAGAAAUAGUUUGGUGCCCGACUCAAAUAGGUCACCACGUCACAGUUUGACUCCCGAAUCGACAGAUCAUUUACCUGAACAACGAACACCCAGAGGUAGCAUAGGCCCCGAAAACGAAUACGAUCCUAAUCGAAGUCCCAGAGGAAGCAUUGCCAAAAAUAAUUUAUCAGGAGACAUGAGAUGCUCCAGAGGGAGCUUGUCGCUUACAUUUCAAGAACCACCGAUUAGCGAGAGGAGAUCGAGUGCUGACAACCCUAAUUCCCGAGGGCGAACUACGUCACCGUCAUAUCGUUCAUCAUCCAAAGGGAACAUAAAUACGGGAUACGGUCCAAAUAGCGGUUUGGAAAGCACCGGAUCGAGACGAGCCAGCAGCUCGGUUAGUCAGGUGGGGCUCCCGCAGGUCUCGGGCGAUGAACACCGGAGACUUUGCUCGGAUCAGAAAUAUUCACGCGAAAUGGGUCAGGGUCUCAGUCUCAGCAUGACUCUGACCACUUAUGGAUCUGUAGCAUAUCAGCUGAAAGAUGCCAACUUGGAAGCCACUGGUACUUGUGAUUUUGUUUUUAAGGCACUAAAAAUUAUCAAUAGGACUGGUGUUCAGUUUCUCAGAGACUGUCCCAGGGAACCAAACAUUCCCAUAUAUAUGGUUGUGGGUGGAAGCAUAGGAAGCGUCAAAAUGGGACUCUGUUUAUGGAAUCAGCUUCAUACAAGACAUAUCGACCCAUCAAGCCAUAACAAUUCAUCUAUAGCUUCGAGAAUUGUUUCGAUCGCUCUCACCCUAGUGCUUCUCGCAUGGUUUGCGCUAGGAAACUACUGGAUUCUACACAUCAAGUAUCCCGAUUACGCCCCAAAACUAUUCGACCCCAACAGGUGGUGUCAUCGUACACUAUACGUAUUUUCAUUGGUGCAUUUAUGCAUAAUGUAUUCAGUGUUUGGUGUCCUGGCUGUGCUAGUGAUAGUGUUGGCCGUGUGCCAGAUUUUCGGUUGCGAAUGUCUCGGUCCUGCUAGGUAUAAAUAGCAAUGUCCGCC